CUCAAAUAUUAGAACAAUUGAAGAAGAGGAAGGACAAGCAUGUUGCUCAAAUAUUGCAACAAUGGAACAUGAUAAAGGACAAGCAUGUUGCUCAAAUACUACAACAAUUGAACAAAAGAAAGGACAAGCAUGUUGCUCAAAUAUUACAACAACUGGACAAAAGAAAGGACAGCCACAAUGCUCAGAUAUUACAACAAUUGAACAAGAGAAAGGACAAGCAUGUUACUCAAAUAUUACAUUAAUUGAACAAAGGAAAGGACAGCCACGUUGCUCAGAUAUUAUAACAAUUGAAGAGGAGAAAGGACAAGCAUGUUGCUCAAAUAUUACAACAAUUGAACAAGUGAAAGGACAAAAAUGUCACGGUGAAUUCAAUGACGAAAGUAGAUUUAAAUUGGAUGAAAAUAGAACUAUGUGUAGUUUGGGGGAAAACAAAAACUUACAUGAAAAUCAGAGAUCUUCAUUGACACGUGAAUCUCUUGAUCGGAAACUUACAAAAACAAUAUUUGUGAUUG